GUGGCUGGGAACAUUUCAGAGAGAGAGAGAGAGAGAGAGAAGCCAUUCUAGGAGUUUUAUGAAGAGAUGGAUAUGAGUAGGAGGAACAGCUUUAUUUCUCAGUCUGUUCUGCUUCUGUUAUGCUUUACCUUCAAAGCUUAUACUUCCAUGGCAUCUAACACCAUCUCUCCAGGCCAAUCUCUUUCUGGGAACCAGACAAUCACAUCACCGGGUGGUAUAUUUGAAUUGGGUUUCUUCACACCAGGUAACUCUCAAAACCACUACAUAGGCAUCUGGUACAAAAAGCUACAAAAAACAGUAGUUUGGGUGGCAAACAGAAACCAACCUGUUUCUGAUCCAUCCUCUUCAGCAUUGCAUCUCUUCCAAAAUGGAAACCUAACCCUACUGAACCAAUCCAAAUCUGCAGUUUGGUCAACCCAUGAUCCUUCUCUCCCAGUAUUUUCCAAUUCUACAAAAGCAAUGCUUCUUGACAAUGGCAACUUUGUCAUAACAGAUGCAUUUAAUUCCUCUGUUAUUAUAUGGCAGAGUUUUGAUCACCCAACUGAUACUUGGCUGCCAGGUGGAAAGCUUGGAUACAGUAAGGUUACCAAUGAAAAACUAACUCUCACUCCUUGGAGGAGCCCAGAAAAUCCAGCACCUGGGAUUUUUUCUCUUGAGAUUGAACAAAAUGGAACAAGUUUUUUGUUGCUGUAUAAUGGUUCUAUUAGGUACUGGACAACUGGGCCUUGGACAGGGAAGAUUUUUACAAAUGUUCCUGAAAUAGAGUUGAAUCAUUAUAUUACAAAUGUUACAUAUGUUUCGAAUGAGAUGGGGAGUUAUGUUUCUUAUGAUGCUGUCAACCCUGACGUAUUUAUUAGAUACGUGCUUGACAUCUCUGGCCAGUUCAAGGCCUAUAAGUGGGGAAAAGACUUCCCCCAAGGGAAUUCGAUUUGGUUGCGACCCUCGGAACAUUGCGAAGUCUAUGGAUUCUGCGGUGCGUCCAGUAUUUGCAACCAGCAACAAGUACAUCUUUGUGAUUGCUUGGAAGGAUUUCAACCCAAAUCCCCAAAUGAUUGGGAAUUGGCAGAUCACACAGAUGGGUGUGUGAGGAAAGUCCCUUUACAAUGCAGUGCAGGCAAUGGUGGAAAUGACACGUUUGUGGUGGUACCGGAUGUGCGCUUUCCUAAUAAUUCAAAGACUUUAGCAGCCGAGAACAUCAAUGAAUGCAAAUCAGCAUGCUUAAGGAAUUGCUCAUGUACAGCUUUUGCUUAUGAUAAUGAGUGUUUGGUUUGGACAGGGGGUCUGUUCAAUGUAAAACAACUUACACUUGAUGAGAAAGUAGGCAAAGUGUUGCAUCUACGAAUUGCAGCAUCUGAGGCAAUAGAGGUGAAGAAGGAGAGCAAGACCCUUUGGAUUGUCAUUGGAGUACUUGGAGGUUUGUUGGCUGUUUUACUCAUUAUUGCGGUAAUUGCCAAGAAUGAAUGUUCUGGGGAAGGAUUUGAGGUAGUUGAAGGCUCAUUGGUGAUGUUCAGGUACCGAGUUCUAAGAAGUGCAACAAAGAACUUCUCUUUAAAACUUGGGGAAGGAGGCUUUGGUUCUGUUUUCAAAGGGACAUUGCAAAAUUCUACACCCAUUGCAGUGAAGAGACUUAACUGUCCAAAGCAAGCAGAUAAGCAAUUCCUUACAGAAGUGAGAACUAUUGGGAAAGUCCAACAUAUUAAUCUUGUUCGCCUCCGCGGGUUUUGUGCAGAAACUUCAAAAAGAUUCUUGGUUUAUGAUUACAUGCCAAAUGGCUCUCUAGAAUCAGUUUUGUUUCAAAAGAGUCCCAUUGUCUUAGAUUGGAAAGCUAGAUAUAACAUUGCAGCUGGAACUGCAAGAGGACUUGCUUACCUUCAUGAAGAGUGUAGAGAAUGCAUCAUACACUGUGACAUCAAACCUGAAAACAUUCUGUUGGAUGCAGAAUAUGCCCCGAAAAUAGCAGAUUUCGGUCUAGCAAAGCUCAUGAGCAGAGACUUCAGCCGGAUAAUUACAACCAUGCAAGGAACCAGAGGCUACAUUGCACCAGAAUGGAUUUCAGGAGAAGCUAUCACACCAAAAGCUGAUGCUUUUAGCUAUGGAAUGCUGCUUUUUGAGCUUAUAUCAGGAAGGAGAAACAGAGAUCUUUUAGGUGAUGGGUUACAAAAUUACUUCCCGACUCGCGUUGCUAACGUGGUAACCAAAGAAGAAGAUGUUAUCACCUUGUUGGACUGCAGGUUAGAAGGCAAUGCUGACAAAGAAGAACUAAUGAGAGCAUGCAAAGCUGCUUGUUGGUGCAUUCAAGAUGAUGAGAAGGAUAGGCCAAGUAUGGGGCAGGUUGUUCAACUUCUGGAGGGAGUUAUAGAACUUGGCAUACCACCUAUUCCACAGUUCCUUGACCGCUUUUCGAAGAGUCUUGAUGAGGCCAUUGAUUACCAUGACUAUAUUUCCAGUGCUUCAGAUUCAAGGCAUGGCUACUCAAGUAAUAUUACUAUCUCUGGAGCUUAAACCUAUAGACUGGACCUUCAAAUUUCCAAUUCUUUUGUUUGUUUCAAUUAACUUGCAACUGAUUGUGAGAUCCCUCAUCUCAUCUUCAUUAGUUUUGUAGUGUAAAUAUUCAUGAAAUAGUUACCCAAAAUUCAGCUUUUUAUUUCUUGUUGUAAAGUUCUCUUUCUUCCAUAAACAAUGAAUGCAGAAAAAUUGAGGAAAA